AUGAUAACUAAUCAUCCCUCCUAUCCAAAAAAAGAGAUUGAUAAAUACUAUUUGCAGACCAAAUUGCCAGAAUAUCAAACAGUUCCUCCUAAUGAGCCUCAAAAGAAAACACAUGACUAUUAUAAUGAUAACACCCACAUUUGGAACAAUCCACAUCAAGCCAAAUCAAAUGCAAAGGUAUUCAAAUAAUUAAAAGAACAACACGACAAAGGUGAGAAGAGAAUAAAGAAAUUGCAAGAAAUUGAAUACAAAGAGAAAUAAGAGUUACAACGCAAUAAAAUAAUAUACUAUAACAUGGCAAGAGAAGAGGAUCUCAUGCGAUUGCAACAAAGAAAAUUAGAAAGAGGCAGUCUAUAAAACUUAUGUUCAUAACGCAAUGACGUCUAGGUAGACUCCAUUUCGGUCAAACCAAUUCUUUCAAGAACAGCAUUACUGGGUCGACCAGACCAUCUCUGGAACAAAUUGAAUUAACAAUCCUAAAAAUAUGUUAAUUUGCUAAUCAACCCCAAGAUAUUGCAAAUGGAAGAACAAGGAGUCAAAGCAAUUAGUGAAAAAAUAUAAAAGGAUUUGGAAAUUGAAUAAAUCAAAGAAGAAUUGAGGUUGUAAAAUAUGGUUCACAUAAAAUAAUCCAAUACUCGCAGAAGAAUGACCAAUCUUGAAAUUGAAUAAAGAAGUGGAAUACUCCCUUCUAGGUUAAGUAUGUAAAGAGUGACUACUGCUUAAACCAAUUCCAGACCACCAAAAGAUGUUAUCGAGUCCACUUUGCAACAAUUAGAAAAUCAAUAGCAGUCCUAAACUCUUCAAUAAUUGCAAAACUAAAUUAUCAAUUCUGCUUAAUGCAAUCAAACUAGCAGACCAUAUACAGUUGGAAGUGACUUUAAUUCCAUUUCCUUCAAUGUUGGAUAAACUGCUAAAAAUGAACAACGUAACAAUCCUCCUCAAGAUUAAACCACUCCCAUUUUUAUACUUAACAGCUAAAAAUCAAAAUCGGUAUCUACUCUUUCUCAUAAGCAUCCUCUUGAUAGAACUGAAUUUAAAGGCUUGUUAUUAGCAUAGGCAGUUGAAUAAGCAGAAAGUAAUUUCAGCAAAACCCUCAAAGUCAAUAGUACUUUACUCAAGGAAACUUCCAUUCAUUUUGUAAGAACCAAGUAAUCGAUGAUUCCAAAAAAAAGAAUUCAGAUCAAAUGCAAUAGAAAUCUUACAAAUGAAUAAUCAAUUAAUGAUCAAAAUGAUUUGUAGGUUGUAAACAACAUGUUGGACAGUUUUGAAAGAAAACUAUAUAGACCCAACAAUUUAGAUGAUGAGAUAUUAUGA